CUGGCAGCCCGGGCGGCCGCGGGCGCCAUGGGCAAAGGUGGGGAGCAGGGAGAUGAGGGCUCCACCGAGAGGGAUGCACCCAUGCUGCCCACCUACAGCUGGGAGGAGGUCCAGAAGCACAACCUGCGCACGGACCAGUGGCUGGUCAUAGACCGCAAGAUCUACAACAUCACCCAGUGGUCCGGCCGCCACCCGGGCGGACACCGGGUCAUCGGCCACUACGCUGGCGAGGAUGCCACGGAUGCGUUCCUCGCCUUCCACCAAGACCUGUGUUUUGUGAAGAAGUUCAUGAAGCCCCUGCUGAUUGGGGAGCUGGCCCCUGGAGAGCCCAGCCAAGACCAUGGCAAGAGUCCUCAGAUCACAGAGGACUUCCGAGCCCUGAGGAAGACCGCAGAAGACAUGAAGCUCUUUGAGGCCAACCACAUGUUCUUCCUCCUGCUCCUGGCCCACAUCAUCAUCAUGGAGAGCAUUGGCUGGUUCACCAUUUUCUACUUUGGCACCGGCUGGAUCUCGACCAUCUUGACAGCCUUCAUCUUAGCGAUCUCCCAGGCCCAGGCUGGAUGGCUCCAACAUGACUAUGGCCAUCUCUCGGUCUACAAGAAAUCCACGUGGAACCACUUUGUCCACAAAUUUGUGAUUGGCCACCUCAAGGGAGCCUCAGCCAACUGGUGGAAUCAUCGGCACUUCCAGCACCACGCCAAGCCCAACAUCUUCCAGAAGGACCCCGAUGUGAACAUGCUCCAUGUCUUUGUCCUGGGCGAGUGGCAGCCGGUGGAGUACGGCAAGAAGAAACUGAAAUACCUGCCUUACAACCACCAGCAUCAGUACUUCUUUUUAAUCGGGCCACCAUUACUCAUCCCAAUGUACUUCCAGUUCCAGAUCAUCAUGACCAUGAUUGUGCGCAAAGACUGGGUGGAUUUGGCCUGGGCCAUCAGUUACUACACGCGGUUCUUCAUCACCUACAUCCCUUUCUAUGGAGUCCUGGGAUCCCUCUGUUUCCUCAACUUUAUCAGGUUCCUGGAGAGCCACUGGUUUGUGUGGGUCACACAGAUGAAUCAUAUUCCUAUGAACAUCGAUCGGGAGAAAUACCAAGACUGGCUCAGUAGCCAGCUCUCAGCCACCUGCAACGUGGAACAGUCCUUCUUCAACGACUGGUUCAGCGGCCACCUCAACUUCCAGAUUGAGCAUCAUCUCUUCCCCACCAUGCCACGUCACAAUUACCACAAGGUCGCCCCCCUGGUGAAGUCUCUGUGUGCAAAGCAUGGCAUCCUUUACCAAGAGAAGCCCCUCAUGAGAGCCCUCCUGGACAUCGUGGGGGAAUCGAGGGCCUCAGACGCUUCAGUGACCUACACGUGUGGCCCAACUCCCACACUUUACAGAUGGGGAAAAUGAGGCCCAUCGAGGUCCUUGAAGAAGUCAGGAGACCUCUGGUUGGAUGCUUACCUCCACAAAUGAAGCCCACCCCCCUUAGGGACCUGUGGGGAAGGGAGGCAGGGACUGAGCAGCACGUCUGGGUUAGGGGGAACCAGGCUCCUCCAAGAGGGCGCAGGGCCACUUCAGGAAGCCUCCGCGGGGGCCCCCUUCGACACUCCUUCUGUCUUGUCUCUCCGCCUCCCUCCUCUCCGCUGUCUCUGCCUCUCUCUGUCUCUCACUGUCUCUCUCUCUCU